GAAGUUUGAGAAGAUUUAUUGUAAACAUGGUGAAACUGCAAAAGAAAUUUUUUGCUGGUGAUAAAGUUUUUGCGAAAGUUCGAGGUUACCCGCCAUGGCCAGCUAAAGUUGAAAAGGUUACGGACCCGAACUCUAAAAAUGCUAAAUAUAGCGUUUACUUUUAUGGUACCGGUGAAACCGCCGUAUGUAAAGUUGAAGAACUAUUUACCUAUACCGAAAAUAAAGCAAAAUUUGGUAAUAAAGCAUUACGAAGAAAAUUUUUUCACGAAGGUUUGCAACAACUUGAAGAAGAAUUGAAAAACGAAAAAAGUAAAGCUACUGCAGAUUUACAAGAAUCAAAUAUGGUAGAAGAAAGUGGUACAAAGGGUAGUAGUGUAGCUUCAGAAGCACCAAAAGCUAGUGCAAUGGAUAGUGAUUUGGAGUCUGGAUCUUUAAUAAUUGAUGAAGGAGAUAAAAAGAAAUCUUUAAAGAGAAAACCUUUUUCUACAACAUCUAAUAAUCCAGAAACGCCUGAAUUAAAAAAGAAACGCGGGAAGGCAAAGGCUUUAUCUACAUCAACAAGUGACACAUCAAAACAAGAAUUAUCUCUUGAUUCUCAAGGGGAGGAUUCGCCUAAAGAAAUCGUCAGCCGCAGUGGACGAAAAAUAAAACCAAAACGUUUUGCAGAUUUCUCAAGUUCUGAAGAAACAGAAGGUGCUAAUAAAAGUGAACAUUCUGCUAGAGGACGCGGCAAAAAUAAAAACGAUGAUUCUAUGGAGCAUGCAUCUUCUGCUGGAACUUAUAAGAAGAAAACUGUGACCACGGAAAAGAAAAAUAGUGCUGGCGAAACAUCGUUUCUGGACAAGACUUAUGUUGUUAGUCCUCCGUUUUCCGACGCACCAAAUCGAUUUCUUCUUGCGCGAACGUUCGCAGGUGAAUACGUGGGUAUUAAAUUAGACAUAAACAGGCCAAAAUCGUUUGAUAACGAAAAAGCUAGAACGCAAUGGGAUUGGACUACAGCUCGAAACGCAAUGAAGCUAAAAGCUCAAUUAGAAAGCGGUGAAAUUUUACCAGAGCAAGUCAAAGAAACAUUAGAAUUUGAUAUAUAUAUACCAGAGGAUGGAAAAAUUCUGUUGGACAAAGAUGGUUUGCUUCGUCGGCAAUCUUAUAAAUUAAGAUGGCUUCGUAUGGAAGCACAAUUGUUACAAUUGGAUUCUCAAAUAAAAUCUAAUCUUGGUUUGGAUCGGGCUAAUGCUGACAAAUGUUUAGAAGCGAUGGAUGAAGUAUUGUCUCUUUCUAUUGAUCCGUUAAUGUUAAAAAAGCAUCCACGUUUGGUUGAAACUGUGAAAAGGUUAAGGCGAUAUGUUGGUAACUUAACCGAAUGGAAGUUGAGCAAAGAAGACGAGGCCAUUUUCAAGCAAAAGGCAGAACUGAUAAGACAGAAAGCAGAGCAUAUAUACAACAAAUUUAAGGCCAUGUUCACUAUACCAGAGGGACAGUCGUUUUGGCGAUCAUUUUCUAAUCAAGUGGACCAUUUGAAAGAAGUAACGAAAGAUUUUUCCCAAGAAAAAUUUUACUCCUUAAUGUCUGAUCCUACUUGUCCAGGUGCUGAUAUAUCGGAGAAUACACCUGCGAAUGAUAGUGGCAGUCAAGCAGAUACAGACGUUACAGUAAAAGUAGAAUCGGAACAAGUACCUAUCAUAUCUGAAAGCCCUAAAGAAACAGAAACCAAGUAAUAUGCAUACAUUUCGUAUGAUAUAAAAGAUUAACGUAGUUCACGUAGUUCACGUAGUUCACGUAGUUCAGUUUGAAAAUAAUCUAUAUGGAUACAUUUCCCUACUACAAUAUUCUAUGGCUCUCUCUGAAAUUUCUAAUGUAUUCCCUUUGGCGUUAUUAUAACACUACCAGAACGUGCACGUGUCAGAAUAUUUACAAUUGCAGGUCGGUGAUAUAAAUGACACUCAUGCUGCCAAAACGUUUAAUCGACACAAAUUAUACAAAUUAGAAAAAUGAAUCACCUUUCUAUAAUAUGUAAUUGUUUCUUUGCUUUGUGAAUGUAAUUUAUCUUCACAUUGUU